GUCUGACGACCACCACCACACCAAACAAACCUCACCGGGCCAAGCGGCCGGGGCGCCCGUCCGUCCGUCCCACCGUCCUCUUCCCCUUGCUGCUGCCAGAUAGCGCAACGGACCAUGGCCGCCGUGGCAGGCCCCACCGUCCUCCGGCUCCGCCCCAGGGCCGCCUCCCUGUCCGCGCCGGCCAUCUCCGCCCCUCCUCGCUGCCGCCUCAGCUCCGUAGCCUGCUCCUAUCCCAAGCUUGCAGGAUCAUUUGCAGUUCAAAGGGUAAAUGGAAGUAGGAUGCAGUACUUGGGCACUCCAAAAGAACAAGUUCUAAGGAGCUCCAGCAACCAUGAUGGACAUAGUAAGCGAAUUGUUUCCUGCACUGCUAGCGACAAACAGGAGCCAAUUGCUUCGCUUACCUCGGACACACCGGUCUUAGAAGAUACCAAUAGUAAUACUGCAGAUUCCUCUGCAUCUUUGGGCUCCGAUUUUACUGAGAGGAGUGCUGGAAAACCGGGAUUCAUCUCAUUUCAUGGCGGCAGCUCUCAAACGUUAAGUGUGGAGGGUGUGCCACAUCCUGGCAAGGAAGCAUCUAGAUUAGUAUGGUUUGUUGGUCCAACUAUUCUUGUGGCAUUCUUGGUUCUUCCAUCGCUUUACCUGCGCAGAGUACUCUCAGCCGUGUUUGAGGAUUCCCUGUUGACAGAUUUCCUUAUACUAUUCUUCACUGAGGCUCUGUUUUACGGAGGAGUCGGGAUUUUUGUCCUGUUAAUUGAUAAAGUCUGGAGACCUUUGCAGCAGGUAGCACCUAAGAGCUACAUCUGGUCAAAAGCUAGGUUUUUCCGAAUUUCUUCAGUAACAACGAUGGUUCUAAGCCUGAUAAUACCGCUUCUGACAAUGGGCAUGGUUUGGCCCUGGACUGGUCCAGCAGCUUCAGCUACUCUUGCACCUUAUCUGGUAGGUCUUGUUGUACAAUUCGUAUUCGAGCAGUAUGCACGGCAUCGGAAAUCACCUUCUUGGCCAGUUAUCCCUAUUAUCUUUAAGGUCUACAGGCUUCACCAACUGAACAGGGCAGCUCAACUGGUGACAGCACUCACCUUUUCUGUUAGAGGAACUGAGGCAACAAAUCAAACUUUGUCUAUCAUGAACUCCUUAGGGGCACUACUGACUGUUCUUCAAAUUCUUGGCGUUAUCUGUGUAUGGUCACUCUCGAGCUUUCUGAUGAGGUUUCUUCCCUCUUCAGACAUUCCAGAUCCUUGACUCAUAGGCUCAUAGCACAGCAAUUAAAGUAGUCAAUGAAUAUAGCCUCCUCACUGUAAAUUGAUCUACCUGGAGCCAGUUUAUACAUCUGCAGAGGUUAUCUUUAGUUUAGGGGUUAAACUGCUUCAGCUGAUGAACUGCAGAGAAAUUGUAUGAUUUGUCGGUCUGGAAUUGAAUAAACUGAAAAAAAAGAGCUGAUCUGUUGGCUCUUUAGGAUGUUCGAUGCAUGGGGUGUGUAUGUGCUUUUCUUGUGGACCGAAUACUGGCUAAGUGGGUAUCACAAGAUCAACUAAUUUUGUCUGAA